AUGGAGCUCUUGCGAUGUUUACAGACUGAAGUCAAACGACAACUACAAUGCCAUGGUGGUGCUGGCUUACACCAACCAAAUAUCAUCGACCUAGACAAACAGAUGCAAGAUACCGAUUAUCGUGAAAAGCUCAAGAAACUUCUGACGCAGAUCGAAGUCUGUAUCAAAUUCAAUGUCCCUGGAUGGGCCGCUGCCGAAUUACACCAUGCAUCCUUGUUGUGGCAGGUUCCAGCAUUCGACGGCGAUGGUUUCGUGAUUGAUCAACUAGCUAUCCUGAAUCGGAACUGGUCACUCCGAAUCAUGAUCAAAUCAUCACUCCACAGUACCGACGAUAUCUGGAACCACAAAGACGUCAAAACCUGGAUGUCUACCUCCAAGUCAACAAUAUUAUUUGUAGUCGGUAACUCACAGUCUCUAAAACGGUUGGAGAGGUUCAGCGUCGAGGUGAUCAUGCGACUUAAGGAUGAGCCGGUAAUUCAUCUUUUAGAUCCUUUGCCUAAUAGCCUUCCAGAUCCCUUUAAAUUAUCAACUGUCAAUGUCCUACGUCAGUUGGCCAUUCAGUGUUUGCAGAGGUUAUCGACCCCAAAGACAUUAGGCUUCCUCGUCAAAUUGAAUCUUGAUUUCCGAUCAGCGAGCGAGAGCGACUGGUAUCGGCUUUUGGCUGAACUUAUGAAACACCAACCACGCGUCUCUAUUGUUCUAGACCUAGCAAUCAUGGGUAGCAACUUGCGAGAGGCUCAUUCCUUGGAAACUGUAUUCUCGCAAAUCAUUCAAUUGCUGCAAGACAAAACUUGUUUGAGAGUCAUGAUACUCACUGGUCGGCCAAUGGAUAUAGACCUCAACUCCGUCGCUACAAAGAUGAUUGUUGGUCCUUUACCAUCGAGCCGUUACACGCCCACCGAUGUCCUUCGCCUAGUUAGGUCACCCAUUGGCCAGCAGAGCUCUUCGAAAGUUUUCAUUACUCGAGAUCGUGAAUUACUAGACCCCCCGGGGCAUCCCAGUUCUUCAGUACCUGUUAAACAGUCUACUUCAUCAAGUACAAACGUUGAAGAAACUACUGCUCAACAAGCAGACAACACGGGUUCCUGUAAUACCGACGCUACGCCCAUGCGAAGGCUCGAGGACUCUUUCAAAAAUCUAAGCAUGGGUUCUCUUCAAUCUUCAGGCUCUGACUCAAGCACAAGAUCAACAGAGCAAUGGUUCCAGAUGCUAGGAGCAACAACACAUGAGUUUAUGUACAAACAAGAGUUCAAAUCAACAACUCCAGUGAAAAUUGCUGUUCUUGACACUGGCUUUGCUUACAAUAACCCCCAAGACAAGAGGUCAUUGAGACCAUACUACCAACGAAUCAAGAGGCUCGCCAACUUCAUCGAAGGGGACCCUGAUUCUGAAGCCAAGACAGAUCCUUCUGGACAUGGAACAGCAGUAGCCGUGCAGAUACUGAAAGUCAGUCUAACAGCAGUGUUGUAUAUCUGUCGAGUGGCUGGUCCAGAUGGUGUACCUGACAAAUCAGCUAUUGAAAGGGCCAUACAGAAGGCGUCUGCCAAACCAGACAAGGAGAGCCCUGAUGGUGGUGGUUGGGGUGUCGACAUCAUUAACAUGUCAUUUGGUUGGCCUUAUCACCAUGGCGGCGUUCGGAAUGCUAUCGAAUUUGCACGACAAAACGGAGUUCAUUUAUUUGCCUCUACUUCCAACGAUGGACUCCUUGGUCCACCAAAUGACAUACUCUAUCCAGCACGUUCCGAUAGUGUUAUGGCUGUGGAUGCAGCCGAUGGUCUUGGUGAGCACGCCAGAAGCGCUCCGUCAUCGUCCUCCCAACACAGCAGAGGCUCAAGAUUUAGUGCCCCAGGGCUUGGAAUCACAUCACCCAACACAGACCAUAUCUGGGAAGGAUCGUCAUUUGCUUGCCCUAUCGCUGUGGGAGUGGCAGCUUUAAUCCUUGAGUUUGCUAGACAAAUUCCUCUUAACAAAAGCCCAGAAGUUCAGACAUACUUGCAGGAAAUGCCUGCAAUGCUUGCUAUGUUAAGACGGGCGAGUAGUGAGAAGGGACCCGAUGGACUCAAGUUUCUGACACCAUGGAAGCUUAUCGGUAAGGCUGGGGAGGAUAGGUUGGUUACUGCUUGGUUUAUUGUGGAUGAGUUGAGAAAGGAAUAUGGCCUAGAAGUAGGCGCUGACGUAUUACCUAACAGUACAUAG